AAUAGAGUCAAGCAAGAACGAAGUUGACAAGUGAAGUCAGCUAUACUGGAGGAGAUGCGGAGGAAGAUACGUUAUAUCGUCACAGCGUUUGUGCUGCUGUGGUUGACGGUGUCCGUGGUGUACCUGCUUCCUUUCCUCGUCGCAUCUAAAGAAGACCCUACGUUCUAUGAUCACAGACCUGCCAACAAGAAACUAAAUAGCCACGCAGAGGUCCCUGUGGACUACCAUCAGGUGAAACAAGAUCAACAAGUAGCUGAGGACGACAGUCCCUUGAAAGACCAGCCGAAGAAAGUGUCUCCGAAUCUGAUUGGUUUCAACGAGACAAAGUAUCUGCGUUCGUCUCACAAGAACUCCGAUGCCUACAAACUGAACGCGUUCAAUCAGGUCGAGAGUGACAAACUGCACAGCGACAGACUCAUUCCAGACACUCGAAACUACAAGUGUGGGUCUAAGAUCUACCCCAGCCCCCUACCCUCAACUAGUGUCAUCAUCUGCUUCCACAACGAGGCUCGCUCUACACUGCUUCGUACUGUUGCCAGUGUCUUGAACAGAAGUCCUCCAGAGCUGAUACACGAGAUUAUUCUUGUGGAUGACUUCAGUGACGAUCCUGAAGAUGGCAGGCAACUAACUCAGCUCCCGAAGGUGAAGAUAAUCACAAAUGACAUGAGAGAAGGUCUGGUGAGGUCAAGGGUGAGCGGUACGGAGCUGGCAACAGGGAAGAUACUGACAUUUCUGGACAGCCACUGCGAGUGUAACACUGGCUGGAUCCUACGGUGGGUGGUAAGUCCAAUAAUUGACGUCAUCAACAUGGACAACUUUCAGUACGUCGGAGCCUCUGCAGAGUUAGUCGGAGGGUUUGACUGGAGUCUUCACUUCAAGUGGGAUUCCCUCUCGUCAGCUCGCCGUGCCAAGCGAAAAGACCCCACAUCUCCCAUACAGACACCGAUGAUCGCUGGUGGACUGUUUGCCAUGGACAAGGAGAGAUUUGACAAGACUGGACGAUACGACACGGAGAUGGACAUCUGGGGAGGAGAGAAUUUUGAGAUCUCGUUCCGGACGUGGAUGUGUGGUGGUUCCAUGGAGAUAGUGCCUUGUUCCAGAGUUGGCCACGUCUUCCGGAAGAGACAUCCCUACACCUUCCCCCAGGGAAAUGCCAUGACAUACAUCAAGUCGUAUACACCCCCCAUCCCCCCUCUCUUUCUCCUAGUAAGCUCACUGUCUGUCGCAAAACUCUCUCCUCAGGAAUACAAAGAGGACAGCAGAGGUGUGGAUGGACGGCUACAAGAAGUAUUUUUACGCGGCUCGGCCGUCGGCCAAAGGCAGGAACACCGUAAUGGGAGAGUGAGUUCAGUCGUCUAUUGGGUGGACCCCCAUCGUUACAGCAUCCAUUACUGUUGUUCCAGUAUAUCAGAGAGAGUAAAGUUGAGAAAGGAACUGAACUGCAAGUCCUUCAAGUGGUACUUGGAGAACGUCUAUCCAGAACUAAAUGUCCCGGAGCCACUGGAUGUGGAGUUUGGAGAGGUGAGACAGAACGAAAAGUGUAUCGACACCCUGGGCAGAGGAGUCGGAGGUUCUCCUGGUCUCUACAAGUGCCAUGGAGGAGGUGGCAACCAGGCAUGGUCCAUGACGUCAACAAAGGCGAUAAAACACGAGGAACACUGUCUGGGGUCACAGGGUUCAUCUGUCGUUCUGUGGACGUGUAUCUCGACCUCAGAGGACCAGCACUGGGAACACAACUCCAUGAAACAACUUGUUCACAAAGGGAGUGGACUGUGUCUGGAUAGUGAGGGAGACAGAGUCCAACUCAGCUCCUGCACACCGCCUCGCUCCUCACUCCUAUGGUCCUUCACUCUCUCCAACAUUGAAUCCAGAUGAUGCCCACCACCUCACACUGAGUGGUCAGGUCCUCCACACCGCGAAUGAAAAAACUUCAUCCUCCAAUCAUUUUAAUUUUUUUCGCCUCCAAGUAAAGCAUUUUAGAAAUGUUGGAAUUGAGUGAAUUUGUGUUUAAAUUUUGCCACCUUCUUUUCUACUCAUUGUAUGAUACAGAAUCAGAUCCUCUAAUAACUUAUGCCAACAAAACCCCAGAAGCACGUUACAGAACCAGAAUGUGCAUGACAAACUACAGACAAUAUACUGCUACCUACUAAGUGGCUGCUGCUGUGAAGGGUCCACUUGGUUCUGUAGCUGAUAGUGCUCCUGCAAUCUCAGAGAUAAUCUCUGGGUCAUCUUCACGUACUUGUCCACACAGUGGUCGCAACACGCAAUCUCUUCUUUGGUGACUCUCCUCGAGGUGAAGUCCCUGACGCAGUCCUCGAAACAGUUUUGGGUCACGUGAUUGUAGGUCGCUAUGAAAUCCUUGAACUGUAGAGGCGAUAAUGACGCAGGGAGCGGUAGUCAAGGUCCUGCGGCUCUAUACCGCUUGCAAACACAUACCUGGUUGACUUCCAGCUGCGCUCUUUGCUGCGGAGUAAGGUUUUCCAUUCGUUUCUGCUCCUCCCGAGGGUG